UCACUUCCAUUCUGCAAAUCGCCAAGUGGGAAGGCCCAUCAAAUUUUUAUUUUUAUUUUUUUCUUUUCAAUUUUUAAUUUUUGUUUUUCCUUUCCAUGGGCGAAUUUAAAGUUUAAACCUUCUGAAUUGAUUGAUUUCCUUUCGUAAAUUGCAGUGUUAAGUGAAGCUUUUUGGUUGGGUUUUGUUGGCCCAUGCCGUAGGUGAAGUCUUUGUGAGCUCAGGGCUUUAAGAAGAUUUUUGUGCGAAUUAAGGCUGGUGCUGUCUGCUUACUCUUACAUUGAAGUUGGCUUCUGGUUAGCAAUUGAAGGGUGAGAACAAUGAAAAUCACCAAACAAUACCGAUGCAUACACUCAGCAAGUUGUGUAUGCACAAAAGGGCAUCUCAGUGAAGAAGUGAUAUUUCUAGUUUUUGAACAUAUAAACUGGAACCCGAAGAUGAUUGCAGCCCUAUCUUGUGCAUGCAAAUGGUUUGAUGAUCUUGCCAAGAGAGUGCUUUGGAAGGAAUUCUGUAAGCAAAGAGCGCCCAAGAUGAUGCUUGACCUGCAGUCAAGCGGGAGUCACAGUGUUGACGGGAACUGGAGAGCGCUUGGAAAACUUCUGAUUUACUGCUCUGGCUGUACCAAGGGUGGCUUGUUCAAUAGCAUUCACAUUCCCGGACAUUUUGUUUAUAGGACACGGUUCUCAAGGACCUCUGGGAAGAGCUUUCUUUUACCACAAUGCAGGACGGAUGUUUUGUAUGUCUCUGAUCCUUGUGAGCAUCUUGAUCAAGGAGACGAGGGGGAUGUUGGAUUUUUUCGUGGGAUAUUUAAAUCUUUUGCAACAUCGAAGGUUAGGAAAAUGCUGAUUAAGAGGGAGGCUAAGCUACACCCAAGGGAGGUUUGCCCGUAUUGUAAGGCUAAGCUGUGGAGCAUGCUGCAGGCAAAGAUGAUCCCAUCGAGUGCCAGCUGCAGAUUAGGUGCUUAUGAAGAUGCGAUCGAGUACUAUGUGUGCCUUAAUGGACACGUGCUUGGAAUUUGCACCCUCUUGCCGUUGUCUGAUACAGAGGAAGCAUCUGGAUCCGAGUGACCAAAGACGAAUGCAGGGGCAGUCUGGUCUCUAGGCCAAUCGAGGCUCAUCUCUGUGCUGGCUUCAAAUUUCCUGGAAACGUGGUGGGUAUCACAGGACCCGCCAGACAUAAAUCCUUGUACUUAACAGUCUCGCGGUUGAAACUUGUACGUGAGUUUGCUACUUUCAUAACUUUCCUCUCCUGCCUGCCUGCCUACCUGCCAUUGGUGACCAAUUACUGACCAUUUUGUUUGGAGUGUUAGCAUGCUAGAUUGUUCUUGUGAACCAUUUAUGUAAUUGUGACUUUAAAAAUGUAACCUAUGGUGCAAAAUCUUGUAAUGUCUCAAAUUAGUUUAUUACUCUGCAUUAUAAUCAUUUUACUUAACUAUGAGGUGUGAAUGAAAGUCUCUUCCAGCA